AUGAGUUCAGAGCAGCAAUCAAGUGGAUCAGAGAAGUUUAAUCAAUUCAUUGAGAUGAACAAGGUACUCCUUAACUGCUAUUCUAAAACUCUUCCAGUUCAAUACGCUUUGAUGGAAGCACUCGACCAGAAAGACUUCUGCUACAGAGAAAGAAUCCAAAUAGAAGAGUACCUUAUGAGAGGCAAGAUCGCUCCAAGAGAUUUCUUUGCAGCAGCUAGAGAGCAACUAUGA